CAUAGCAGUCGCGUAGCCGUCCUAACCAUCCAUAUUCGACCGAAUUCUACUGUGGAUAGCGGGUUUCUUUUGGGUCCACUUGUCCCUCGUCACCAGAGCCAUCUAUUAGGACGCACUUCACCAAAUCUCUCUGGCCAGUGUGGGAGAAACUUGUGACCAUGGCGGCUCCAAACCUAGCUAAAGACACAGCUACAAAUCCAGACGGGAGGGAUUUGAGCCCUGUGGACUUCAUCCAGCUGCAGCAGUACAUGGAAUAUGGCAGUCUGAGAGUGAAAGAUGUGAUGAAAGAGUUCCAUGCAGGCGGGCGGUUGGUCCAGUACAGAUUUGGAGAGCGAAUCGAUGCAGUUGGCUUCUCUUUGUUCCUCAAGACCUACCUGGAGGCGGAUGACUUCCCUGCUGAUUUCUGCCAACGCCUUUUCCACUACUUCCAGAAUGCAGAGCGAGACGUUUAUAUGAGGAGCCCUCCACCCAAAGGGGGUGGAGUGUACCUCAAAGAUGUGUCUUGUUACUUCUCUGUGUUGGAGGAGGGACAGCCGCGAGACAAACUGGAAUUUACUUUCAAACUUUAUGACAAAGAUGGCAACGGACUCCUGGACAGCUCAGAAGUGGAUCGGAUCAUCACCCAGAUGAUGCGUGCGGCAGAUUACCUGGGUUGGGACGUGACAGAACUCAGACCGGUGCUGAAGGACAUGAUGACGGCGAUGGAUGCUGACAGCAGUGGAGCGGUGACCCUGCAGGAGUGGAUCCAGGGAGGGAUGAACAACGUGCCCCUGUUGGUGCUGCUGGGACUCAAGAUGGCAGAGAGGGAUGGGCAGCACAUCUGGAGGAUGAAGCACUUCAACAAGCCUGUGUACUGCAACGUGUGUCAGAGCAUGCUGCUGGGCCUCAGGAAACAGGGCCUCUGCUGCACCUUGUGCAAGUACACUGUCCAUGGUCACUGUGCCAACAAGAACCCUGGUCCAUGUGCCUGCACCUUUGUUAAAUCCAAAAAACAGAUUGGGAUUCCAGCUCACGGCUGGGUCAGUGCUGACUGUGACUCCAGUAAGUGUCACUUCUGCAACAAGAAGAUCAAGACCCUGGCAGGGAAGCAUUGCGUGUGGUGCCAACAGAUGCGCCAUGACGACUGUGUCAACUUCGGGUCAUCAUCGUGCGACUGCGGGUCGCUAAGAGACCACAUUCUGCCACCGUGGGCCAUAUACUCAUCCUCCAAGAAGGAUGAAGAAGGAAGGAGUAGUUCCAUGGAGGACACUAACCUGGAUGACAUCACCCCAGACGGGCACAUUCUGCAGAUUGCUCCUAUUCCAGACACCCACCCUCUCCUGGUGUUUGUGAACCCAAAGAGUGGAGGGAAGCAGGGGGAGAGAGUGCUGAGGAAGUUUCAGUAUCUACUGAACCCACGGCAGGUCUACAACCUCUCCAAUGGAGGCCCUGGACCAGGACUGCACUUCUUUCGGAACCUUCAUGACUACAGGAUCCUGGUGUGUGGUGGAGACGGCACAGUCGGCUGGAUUCUAGAUGCUAUAGACAAAGCUGACCUGCCGGUGCGUCCCCCAGUGGCGGUCCUGCCACUUGGCACAGGGAACGACCUUGCUCGCUGCCUCCACUGGGGAGGAGGUUACGAGGGCACAGAUCUCAGAGAGAUUCUGAAGGAGGUCGAGGAGAGCUCGUUGGUUCCUAUGGACCGCUGGAGUGUGCAGGUGAUUUCACAGGACCCCCAGGAGAUAGGAGACCCUGUGCCCAACGAGAUCAUCAAUAACUACUUCUCUAUUGGCGUGGAUGCCUCCAUUGCUCACCGUUUUCACUCCAUGAGGGAGAAGCACCCUCAGAAGUUCAACAGCAGGAUGAAGAACAAACUGUGGUAUUUUGAGUUUGCCACCUCUGAGACCAUCUCUGCCUCCUGCAAGAAGCUAAAGGAGUGUCUCAGCAUUGAGUGCUGUGGGACACCGCUGGACCUGAGCGGUCACUCUCUGGAGGGCCUUGCAGUCAUCAACAUACCCAGCAUGCACGGCGGCUCCAACCUGUGGGGUGAGGCUAAGAAGGCAGACAGAGACAAUGUGUCAGAAGAGGAACCGCCUGAGGUCGUCACUGACCACGACGUUCUGAAAAUGAGCUCACAAGACCUAAGUGACAAGCGGAUUGAGGUGGUGGGGUUGGAGGGGGCGAUUGAGAUGGGUCAGAUCUAUUCUGGGCUGAAGAGGGCUGGACACAGACUGGCUCAAACAUCACAGAUCACUAUCAGGACACAUAAAGCCUUGCCUAUGCAGAUUGAUGGUGAGCCCUGGAUGCAGCCUCCCUGCACUAUCCACAUCACACACAAGAACCAAGCCAACAUGCUGAUGGCUGCUCCUGCCAAAUCAUCAGGCUUCUUCCACCUCAAGUAGAGGAAAGGUGGGCUGCAGCACUGAGACUGAAUAGGUCCGGGUGUAGGGUGAAGUUGCGCUUUGACACUGAUCUUGGAUCAGUUUUUCAUUUUCCCAACUAAUGGUUAAGGUUUGGAUUGGGUGAGUGGAUGCUUAUCCUAGAUCUGUACCUAGGGGAAACUUCACCCAGAAGCAGAGGUCCACUGACUGCUGAAGGACCACUGCCAUAAAGGAACCAACAUUUUCGUAAAAACAUUCUUCAUGUCUGAAUUUCUUCCUGAAACACUAGUAGCCAUUGAUUCACAUUGAUACUCUACUCAUUUCCAUAACAAAAAACUCAGAACUAUCCCAGGCUUGUGUUGAUUUGAGUAAGUCCCUUAAUGUUAGCUUUAUAUUACAUUGCUAUUACAUUUUGUAUCUGUUUGUAUUAGUUAUGUAUAAUUCCAUAGUAUUCCAUGAGUUUGAUUACUUUUAAGCCUUAUUAUUAUGUCUCAGCACAGUAAUAGAUUUCCUGUUUGUUUUUCUGCGUUCUAUAGCAUUUUCACACAAAUGUUUUUGUAUCCAUAUUGAUUAACGUGAUAGGCCAAUAGUCUGUGUCGCUAUAUAAUGCCGUUCAUUGUCAAAUCUAAGUAUGUUUCGCCUACUCAGCAAGUUUCUUGUAGAGGAUACAGCUCAGACAGCUGAGGGUAUCGUUCGCGUUGCCCGACCUCACUUAAAGGCCCAGUGCAGUCAAAUUAGAUUUUUCUGUGUUUUACAUAUAUUUCCACACUAUGAGGUUGGAAUAAUACUGCGAAAUUGUGAAAAUUAUGAUAAUGCCCUUUAUGUAAGAGCUGUUCGAAAAGACAGACUGAAAUUUCAGGUGGUUUUGAUGGGAUGCAGUGUUGGCCUGCCUGGUGACAUCAGGUAAAUGCAUUAAAAGAACAAUAAGAAAGAGUUCCAAACCUCUGCCAAUAACAGCUAGUUUUCUGU